AACAGGAAAAGGAGUGGUCAUGUGACUUAGGGAUUGUUUUUCAAAAUAGCUUAGCUAGCUGCAUAGCUAGCUGAAGUAUCUUAUAUACUACGUUAUUAUCAUUCACUUUUAUAACGCAGCAUAAUUUAAAUAAAUGGGAAUAUUAAACUUCUAGCAGAGUCAUGAAUGGGAGUACAAAUCCGCUCUUGGACAAAGAAGAACAUGUUUUGAAGCUCGGAGAGAGCUUUGAGAAGAGGCCAAAAUCAUCAUUUCACACCAUCAGAUAUGAUUUCAAACCAGCUUCAAUUGACACAAGCUGCGAGGGAGAGUUGCAAGUCGGUAAAGGAGAGGAAGUCACCAUCACAUUACCUCACAUUCCAGUAAGAGGCUCUACACCACCCAUGACAGUAUUCAAAGGGAAUAAGCGGCCAUAUCAGAAAGACUGUGUUCUUAUCAUCAAUCAUGACACUGGGGAGUACAUGCUGGAGAAGUUGAGCAGCAGUAUCCAGGUCAAGAAAACCAGAGCGGAGGGCAGCAGUAAGAUCCAGGCCAGGAUUGAGCAACAGUCGGUGCGUGCCACUGCCACCCAGCCUCCAGCGCAGUUCCGUGCCCCCACUAAGCCUGGUGCAGGGGCCAAGACCUCCCCCUCCCCUUCCAAGGACAACCCCUCCCCUGAGCCCCAGCUAGAUGACAUCAAGAGAGAGCUGCGAGCGGAGGUGGAUGUUAUUGAACAAAUGAGCCGCAGUAGCGGCAGCAGCUCAUCUGACUCUGCCAGUGGCUCUGGUAGUGGGGACGACAGCUCCAGCAGUGAUGGGGAGCAUGACGCCCCUCAUCCCCAACCUGUCCCACUCCCUCUCCCCCACAUCCAGCCCUCCCCCAACCCCGUGGUCAACGGAGGAGCAGACAGGCAACAGGGCAGCAACCAGCUGAUGAACACGCUCAGGAAUGACCUCCAGUUGAGCGAGUCAGGCAGCGACAGUGGUGACGACUGAACUGCCCCCAGUCUCUCUCCUGCCCUCUCUUUCUACCUCUCAUUAUUACACCAUCUUGCUUUCCUCUUUCUUCUCUUUGCCUGGUUCCGUUGUUUCGUUGCUGUGGUAACCGACCCAACUGUAAAGUCUGGUUUUAUUGUAUUUUUUAAUGUCUCUGUGAAGCCAGCGAACCUGGAGAUUUAAUAGUGUAUUUUUGAUUAGCUGUAUAUUUUGUUUUGUAUUUUUAAAUACUUUUACAUAUGAAAACAUGCUAAAGAAUAUAUAUUAGAAUGCAUGUACAUAUUUUCUGUAGUUAGAGCUCCUAGUUGUAUCAACUUGUAGCACAAGUCUUUGUUGUUUUCUUGUUUCAUCACAGGGGAUGAAUAUCACCCCCAUCUUCCCUAUUUAUCUGGAAAUCAAAAGAAGGCACUGAAAGCAUUUCACCCAUUCCAUGUUUUUAUCAGUAUCAUGACACUUUCAAAAAUCAGUCUUUCAAGAGGCCAGGGUACAGCUCACAUCGAUCUAAGCUACAGAUGAUACAAAAGGACAUACUCAUAUUUUUUAUGUAAAAUCAGUUUCUAAAGUUUCAAUUUACCACUUAAAGGUUUUAGUUGGAAUAUUGACCUGUUCUGGUGAACAGGUAAAUAUCAGUAACAUGUAAAUGAGCCGGGGUCAAUCCUUUACAUGUCAAAGCACUUUAGUUUAUUUGUCAGCAGUUUCCACCUAAAAUAUUUUGCAUUGCUUUUAACAGCACCUUUCUGAUCUUUAAAUGCAACUAACACCCAGUACUUCGAGUUCACCAUACCCUUCAUAGCUAAUAUUCUACUAUUUCCACAUCAAUCAUUUUACUUUCUGAUUCUGUCUCACUCAAUAGCUAGGUAUCCAUCCUAUUGGUGACAGAUUUUCAUGCGAAUAUUCUAAAAUCCGCAUUAAAACAAUAUGUGCACAUUCCCACCAGAGAUGUUUCCAUCACAUUGACUUGUUGCGGAUAACAGUCUGUGCGUGAUGACGUAGUGCACAUAAAAACACCUUUUGCGAUUUAAUUACCAUUAAAUACAAGUUAAAUGGGUUUCCGUCGCAUUUGCUGUUCUUUUAAGAAAAAAUGUUGCGUUAUAUUGCGAAUCUCUGGUCUUUGCACGUGCGCUCUAGCCAACAGUUUGCAGGUAGGCUAGUCUACAUGAUGAGAUUAUUACGGAUAAGAGCAUGAUUAUUUGUAUUUGUCAAACGGCAGCCAAGCAUCGAUCAUCAUGUCACCAGAAUAAGACCCUCGAUAUUUAUUGGAAAGGCUCAUCACCGUGCACUUUCACCACCCUGUGAAGUUUAUCAUUUAUUUCAUAUAGCCUAAUAAACUGUAUGCCUUCCUGAGUCGUAGUGGGAGGACCACACAAUAUCACGACUCCAAAUGUACUUCUAUAUGACAGUUAUUACAUCAAUAUUUGCACAUAAAUGCGUUUCCACCGAUAUUUCUCGCAUAAUUCAUUUUACAGACAGAAAAAGAUCCCACCUUGUCUAGCGUAUUUAGUUUUGUCGAAAUUUGGAAAGUUUACCGACAAAUGUGCUGUUUCCAUCAGGCCUGUCGUGGCAUUUUUUUAAUCCGACUUUACUCGCAUAAAAAGGUUGGAUGGAAACCUGGUUACUGGCCCAACCAUAUAUCACUGUCCAAAGUUCCCAACCAUAUAUCACUGGGCUAGUUUCAGACCUGUGUAGACAUUUUUAGAAGUACCAAAGAAGCAAAACAAGUAGUUUUUAGAAUACAGACGCUGAACAUCUAUUUUUACUCAGAUAUAAGUCUAUUUUCAUUAGACUGAGUUACUCAUAACAUGUAACAGCUGCUAUACAUUGACCACUUGUUUUUUCAUUAGUUCCAUAGAUUCAACAGAUUUGAAGUGAUAGCAGUCACAUUGGAUCACAUCUUUUAAUUUAGCAACUGUUGUGACAGUGAUCAAUAGCGCGCUAGAAUCUGCGCAGAUUAUUAUAGCAAUUGUGAAGAUCACCACAAACCUGCGGUGUUUGCAUGCUAUCUUGGAACAUGCCCAAUUUCUAUUAUUACAGAAGAUAUUUAUAGUUACUGUAGGCUAACCUCAAAAUUUGGCCAUGGAUGCGUGUUACUCAUUUUAAGGUUGAAUAAAUACCUUUACAUUAGUUUGUAAAAUAGCCUAAUGCUUGGAUGGUUUCAUCUGAGCCACUGGCUUAAUCCUAUUCUUUAACUUUUAUUUUUGGUUUAGUUGGAGACGUGAAUCCAACAUAUAAUUUGUCGUCAAAUUAAUAGGCUAUUUACUGUAUUGCAAAAAUUAUAUUGAAUUGUGUUUGGUUGUCAACACAACCAAAUAUCAACAUUUGAAGGAGAUGUAUCUUUUUUUGCCACUGACUUAGUAUGGCUUUAAUUCCAGUUUGUCUACAUGAAUUUAUGUCAACCAAGAAUCAAAAUGAAAGAAUAUGACUAAAUCAAAGUUGAAGUGCAUUUCAAGUUAGAUGUGAUUUAGUCCUAUUCUUUAACUUAGAUUUUUGGUUGAGAUGGAGACAUGAAUUCCACAUAUCAAUUAUUAAUUUGUAGACGAACUGGAAUUAAAGCCAGACUAAGUCAGUGGCACAGAUGCAACUAUCCAAUCAGAAGAUACAUCUCCUACAAAUGUUGAUAUUUGGUGACAAAUAUCAAAGCUAAGCAGGAAUGGGCUUGGUUAAAACCCUGGAUGGGAGACCAAAUGAAUAACUGUAUAUAGAUCAUCUCUCCAACAGAAGGUGCUGCUGAGCCUAUUGUUUUUUUUUCUGAUAGUGGAUAUGUCGUUGAAGAUCUGACGUUGUUUCAAAGGUACAAAUUCAACAUAUUUUACACAAGGGUUGUCUUUGUUGAAAAGGGGUUACAACGAUGACAUAAUCCUGUGGUUGACAUUUCACCCUCAAAACAAUAGUUUUUUCAAAUCCAAUAUAUUUUCCACAUAGAUUCCAUGUUACAAUACAUUGACAAAUUUACGUUGAAACAACAUUGAUUCAACCAGUUUGUGCCCAGUUCGGAUGUGUGUUCAUAAGGUACUUAAAUGGUAUUUAACUGGUGCUGUUGUGUGUCUGGGACAUGGGUAUACAAAUGUAAUAUGUUUUGUUUUCACAGCAGUUUGGAUCCAUGAACUUGGAUGGCUAACGCUAUUUCUAAUUUGUGUCUCUCUGGCAUCCAGUGUUAUUUCUGACCCAUACUGUUACUGUCCCAGUACAACCUCUCUUGCCACAUUUAUCAAAGUGGUUGACUUCUAUCUCUAGUUUUAUGUGCUUUGACGUUUAUUAAAGUGUGCACAUGUAUUUAAAUUGGAAUUAACUUUUUAUCAGUCAACCAAAAUAAAGGAAGAAAA